GGCAGCGGCGAGUGUGGAGGCGGCGGCGGCGGCGGCGGCGGCGGCGGCGGCCGAGGAGGAGGAAGAGGCAACGGGGGUGCGGCCGCCGAGGGGAGCUCCUCCCCCGUUCCCUCACCCCCCUCUGCUCAGCUCCGCGAGCCCCGGGCGGGGCGGGGGGACGUGGAGCGGGGCAGGGCGGGGGAGCCGCCCCGAGACCGCCCGGGGUGCACCCCAGCUCCGAGCGCACGCCACUCGCUGGAACUUUGUGGCCGCGCCGCAGGUGUGGGGGCCCGCGGAGGUGUGCAUGUGGGGCGCGAGGGCGUCGCGGAGAGCGGCCGCUGCCCUGUCCGGCCCUCGCUGGAGUAGCUCGGAGGAAGCGAGCAAGGAGACAGGUGUGUGCCCUCUUCCUGAUUCUGGAGAAAAAUGCCGGUCCGGAAGCAAGAUACCCAGAGAGCAUUGCACCUUUUGGAAGGUUAUCGUUCGAAACUAAGCCAAACAGAAGACAGACAGCUCAGAAGUUCCAUAGAACGGGUUAUUAACAUAUUUCAGAGCAACCUCUUUCAGGCUUUAAUAGAUAUUCAAGAAUUUUAUGAAGUGACCUUACUGGAUAAUCCAAAAUGUAUAGAUCGUUCAAAGCAGUCUGAACCAAUACAGCCUGUGAAUACUUGGGAAAUUUCCAGCCUUCCAAGCACUACUGUGACUUCAGAAACACUACCAAGUAGCCUUAGCCCUAGUGUAGAGAAAUACCGGUAUCAGGAUGAAGAUACAGCUCCUCAAGAGCACAUUUCCCCACAAAUCACUAAUGAGGUGAUAGGUCCGGAAUUGGUUCAUGUCUCAGAGAAGAACCUGUCAGAAAUUGAAAAUGUCCAUGGAUUUGUUUCUCACUCUCAUAUUUCACCAAUAAAGCCAACAGAAGCUGUACCUCCCUCUCCUCCCACUGUCCCUGUGAUCCCUGUCCUGCCAGUCCCUGCUGAGAGUACUGUCAUCCUACCCACCAUACCACAGGCAAAUCCUCCUCCAGUACUGGUCAACACAGAUAGCUUGGAAACAUCGACUUAUGUUAAUGGCACUGAUGCAGAUUAUGAAUAUGAAGAAAUCACACUUGAAAGGGGAAAUUCAGGGCUUGGUUUCAGCAUUGCAGGAGGUACAGACAACCCACACAUUGGAGAUGACUCAAGUAUUUUCAUUACCAAAAUAAUUGCAGGGGGAGCAGCUGCCCAAGAUGGAAGAUUGCGGGUCAAUGACUGUAUAUUGCGAGUAAAUGAAGUAGAUGUUCGUGAUGUGACACAUAGCAAAGCAGUAGAAGCAUUGAAAGAAGCGGGAUCUAUUGUACGCUUGUACGUAAAAAGACGGAAACCAGUAUCAGAAAAAAUAAUGGAAAUAAAGCUCAUUAAAGGUCCUAAAGGUCUUGGGUUCAGCAUUGCUGGAGGUGUUGGAAAUCAGCAUAUUCCUGGGGAUAAUAGCAUCUAUGUAACCAAAAUAAUUGAAGGAGGUGCAGCACAUAAAGAUGGUAAACUUCAGAUUGGAGAUAAACUUUUAGCAGUGAAUAGUGUGUGUUUAGAAGAAGUUACUCAUGAAGAAGCAGUAACUGCCUUAAAGAACACAUCUGAUUUUGUUUUUUUGAAAGUGGCAAAACCCACAAGUAUGUAUAUGAAUGAUGGCUAUGCACCACCUGAUAUCACCAACUCUUCUUCUCAGCCUGUUGAUAACCAUGUUAGCACAUCUUCCUACUUGGGCCAGACACCAGCAUCACCAGCCAGAUAUUCACCUGUUUCGAAAGCAGUGCUUGGAGAUGAUGAAAUUACAAGGGAACCUAGAAAGGUUGUUCUUCAUCGUGGUUCAACAGGCCUUGGUUUCAACAUUGUAGGAGGUGAAGAUGGAGAAGGAAUAUUUAUUUCCUUUAUUUUGGCUGGCGGACCUGCUGAUCUUAGUGGAGAGCUCAGGAAAGGAGAUCGUAUUAUAUCGGUAAACAGUGUUGACCUCAGAACUGCCAGCCAUGAGCAGGCAGCAGCUGCUUUAAAAAAUGCUGGCCAAGCUGUCACAAUUGUUGCACAAUAUCGACCUGAAGAAUACAGUCGUUUUGAAGCCAAAAUACAUGACUUACGGGAGCAGAUGAUGAAUAGUAGCAUUAGUUCAGGUUCAGGUUCUCUUCGAACUAGCCAGAAGCGAUCCCUCUAUGUCAGGGCCCUUUUUGAUUAUGACAAGACUAAAGACAGUGGCCUUCCUAGUCAGGGAUUGAACUUCAAAUUUGGAGAUAUCCUCCAUGUUAUUAAUGCUUCUGAUGACGAAUGGUGGCAGGCCAGGCAGGUUACACCAGAUGGUGAAAGUGAUGAAGUUGGGGUGAUUCCCAGUAAACGCAGGGUUGAGAAGAAAGAACGAGCCCGAUUAAAAACAGUGAAAUUCAAUUCUAAAGCAAGAGGAGAUAAAGGGCAGUCAUUCAAUGACAAGCGUAAAAAGAACCUCUUUUCCCGAAAAUUCCCCUUCUACAAGAACAAGGACCAGAGUGAGCAGGAAACAAGUGAUGCUGACCAACAUGUAACUUCUAAUGCCAGUGAUAGCGAAAGUAGUUACCGUGGUCAAGAAGAAUAUGUCUUAUCUUAUGAGCCAGUGAAUCAACAAGAAGUUAAUUAUACUCGACCAGUGAUCAUAUUGGGACCUAUGAAAGACAGGAUAAAUGAUGACUUGAUCUCAGAAUUUCCUGACAAAUUUGGAUCAUGUGUUCCUCAUACAACUAGACCAAAACGAGAUUAUGAGGUAGAUGGAAGGGAUUAUCAUUUUGUGACUUCAAGAGAGCAAAUGGAAAAAGAUAUCCAGGAACAUAAAUUCAUUGAAGCUGGGCAGUAUAACAACCAUCUGUAUGGAACAAGUGUGCAGUCUGUGCGAGAAGUAGCAGAAAAGGGCAAACACUGUAUCCUCGAUGUGUCUGGAAAUGCCAUAAAGAGAUUACAGAUUGCACAACUUUACCCAAUCUCCAUUUUUAUUAAACCCAAAUCCAUGGAAAAUAUCAUGGAAAUGAAUAAGCGUCUGACGGAAGAACAAGCCAGAAAGACGUUUGAGAGAGCCAUGAAACUGGAACAAGAAUUUACUGAACAUUUCACAGCUAUUAUACAGGGAGAUACGCUGGAAGACAUUUACAACCAAGUGAAGCAGAUCAUAGAAGAACAGUCUGGUCCUUACAUCUGGGUUCCAGCAAAAGAAAAGUUAUGAGGACUGAUGUUUCUCUGUUUCUCUUUUCCACAGUCUCAUUUUCUCUGACACUUCUUUGCCCUUUCCUUCUGGAGUCUGUCUUCAAUACUUCUUCCAUGUUGAAUCAUAUCCCACUCAUCAUGAUCUGCAGUUGCACUUAUUUUUGACAUCUUAGUGUCUCCUUCAAGUUGUAACAUCUGUAUUAUUUUAUCUCACUAUUGGUUUGUGGCCAUUUUUCACAAAUGAAGAUGGAAUGGCCUGACCAGCUAUUAAUAGGAUUUGGGGAGACGGGGAAAUUGUGGCAAAAUUCCUUAAUGUUUAAGGGAAAGUAACUUUAAGAGAUUUUCAGAGAAGCUUUACAUACAUUCUUUCCAAAUUUCAAUAUAAAUGAAAGAAAAGUGGUUUUAAUCAAUGAUUUAGUAAACUUUGAGCAACAAUGCAUGCUUAACUUUAAUAGCAUGGUUUGGCCAGCAUAUUAGCUCUCAAGUCCUUUUCUCAAUUGACUUCUGUUAUCAAAGCAAAUAUUUCAUUAUAGACAAAUAAGGAAAAUAUGUUUUUUAAUUUCAAAAUUAAUAUCUGAGUUAACUUUAAUAAUUUCACAAGGGAUAUUCAUAUUCAUAUCUUCUUAAAGUCUUUUAUUGUUUGAAGUUUUUUUUUUUCCUCCCAGUAGAUUUGCUAGGAAUAACAAUGUUUAAAUGUUUUUAAUCUACUUGUGCAACACUAUUUAUAGUGUCUUACAAAAGUUGUUCAUACAUAAUGAUCAUCACAUUUUCUGAAUUGAGGCCAUGUUUAGGUGCUAGGGGAGUUCACCUUUUACACAUAAGGUUGAGAAAAUUUCAUAGACAUAAAUACAAAACAGACAUUACAGUGAUGAUGUAAUCAUUAUGGCAGUGGGAAGGAGUCCAAUUCAUAGUCUAAAAUUUUAAAUGCAUUCUUAGGGGUCAGAUUUUAAUGAAUAUUUUACCCACAAUAACUGACUAUUUUGUUAUAAUAAAAUAUAUAUAUAUAAAUAUAUAUAUAACUUUCUUUAAACUCUGUAACUAUGGGAAUUAUUUUCUUUACAUAGUUGCACACACACAUAUAUAUGUAUAUUUAAAAUAUAUUUUUUUUCUUUUGCCACCUACUCUCUUGGUUUGGUUUUAAGUUAAAUAUUAAUUGAUUGGACUUUAUCUUCCUUAAUCGUGUGAAGUGAAACCAGGAGGAUGGUGGUUGUGGAAAGAAGCCCUUAGGGAAAUUAGGUUAUACAUAAAAACAUGGGCAUGUUCUCCUCUUUUCUAUAAAAGUUUUCAAAUGGUUCCUGGUUGGUUUUUUGUGGGGGUUUUUUUUCGGGGGGAUUGGGUGUUGUUACCGUUGUUCUUGUCAUUGGCUUUGGAUUUGGUCUCCACCUCUUUCCAGUUCUCCUUUCAUUAAUAGGCAAACAGGCAAAAACCUCAUGUGUAUGAGCGUUUUCCCCUCAGACUGUACACCUUUCAUCUCUUGUAGCUGCUCUGCAGUAGAGUUGCACAGAUCUUCAUGGUGAGCAAUUAAGAAAUUUUAGUGAAAAGUAGAUAAUUUCAGAAAUCAAUUUCUCUGGUCUUUUAUAUUAAUAAUACUGUUUGGCUUCCCAUUGCUUUUUUGGAGUUUAUUAAAUAUGUGUUUUUGACAACCUCCUCAUUACAGUUUCUUAAACAAAUGAGUACUGGUUUGUAAAGAAUUAUCAACAUUAUCCAUUCCAUUUAUGAGAAAGAGGAGAACAGCUAAUAAACUUUAUUGUAAAAUCUGUAUGUUAAAUGUGUCUUGUAUUCUGAAAGAAAAAAUUAUUUUACAAGCUAGCGUUUUCUUGGAACAAUUUGGGGCAUCACAUCAUUUGUAAACUGAAUUCAAGAAUCAUUAGGCAACCUAAUCAUAUUUCUCCUGUAGGUUUUGGAAUUGAAUAUGUUAACACAUUGAAAUAUAUACCAUAGCUGUUACAUGCUAAUAUAAUAAGUUGUUUCCAAACAUAAAUAGAUUAGAAGAAAACUAUUGUAAAAUGAUCUCAAGAGCCUCAGAAAUCACCUUAUAGCAGGACCCCAGCAUAAGCCAUUUUGAAGUAUUUACUGGUCGAAUGUUGUAAAAUAUCAAGAGAUUAUAAAAUGACACCAUUUAUGUGUUAAAAUGUAUAUUACAUUGCUUUCUGAAUGUCCUUGUUAAGUGAUUUUUUGUAAGAAGAUACUUUUG